ACAGCAAAAGUGACCUAGCAUGGGGAGAGAGGAGGAGCCUACGUUGACUUUGCAUCCAUUGAGGCUUUUGCUGCAGCAUUGAACUUGCAGCGAAAAGGGCUUGACUAGCCUGGUCUCGUGGAGAAUUAGCUCUGGCACAUUGUGCACAUUGAGCUCAAGCGUUUGUAUUGUGCAUUGCAAUAUUUUCAAGGCGGGUGCAACACAUGGACGGCUUUAGGAUCUAUUGAAGCCCGUUGAAGAAAAAGGAGUGGCUGAGGACGGGUUUUGUCAUGUACUUUUAGCCCCGACGUUGGCUUGUGAAGUGCACUACCGUCGCAGAGGCUCUCAGUGCCUCCCAAGUCGCCAAGUUCCGUCACGCGUGCAGCGUUUCGCGGCGGAUCCGUCUCGCAGUGGCUGUUCCAAGGUUAUCUUUAUGCUAAGGUUUGGUGGUGGAAAAGUUUACAAUAUUUGCAUCACAUUUCCCAACCCUUACUCCCUGAAGCAAAAUGUCAGCCCAGGCGAAAAUCAAGAAGGAAAAGGAGAUCAUUGCGGAAUACGAGACCCAAGUGAAAGAGAUUCGUAACCAGCUGGUGGAGCAGUUCCGAUGUCUGGAGCAGCAGUCAGAGUCCCGUCUCCAGCUGCUGCAGGACCUGCAGGACUUCUUCCGCCGCAAGGCCGAGCUGCAGCUGGAGUACUCCAGGGGCCUGGACAAGCUGGCCGAGCGCUACUCGGCCAAGAUACGCACGUCGCGGGAGCACCAGCAGUUCAAGAAGGACCAGAACCUGCUGUCCACGGUGAACUGCUGGUACCUGGUUCUGAACCAGACGAGACGCGAGAGCCGCGACCACGCCACGCUCAGCGACAUCUACAACAACAACAUCAUUGUCCGCCUGGCGCACGUGGGUGAAGAUGUCAUCAGGCUCUUCAAGAAGAGCAAGGACCUGGGAGUGCAGAUGCACGAGGAGUUGGUGAAAGUCACGAAUGAGCUCUACACGGUCAUGAAGACGUACCACAUGUACCACACGGAGAGCCUGUCCUCGGAGAGCAAGCUGAAGGAGGCGGAGAAGCAGGAGGAGAAGCACAUGGGGAAGGCCAACGACGCGGGGCUGCUGCGCCACGUCCACGAGGACCGCCCCACCAGACGCAGCUCCGUCAAGAAGAUGGAGAAGAUGAAGGAGAAGAGACAAGCCAAGUACUCUGAAAACAAGCUGAAGUGCACGAAAGCCCGGAAUGAUUAUCUCCUGAAUCUGGCUGCCACCAAUGCCCUGGUGGCAAAAUACUACAUCCACGAUAUCUCAGAUUUGAUCGAUUGCUGCGACCUGGGCUUCCACGCCAGCCUGGCCCGCACCAUGCGCACCUUCCUGUCGGCCGAGUACAGCCUGGAGACGUCCCGCCACGAAGGUCUGGACCUCCUGGAGGGAGCGGUGGACGCCAUGGACGUCAGGGGGGACAAGCUGAAGGUCAUGGACAUGCACAGCCAGAUCUUCUGCCCGCCGGCCCGCUUCGGCUACCAGCCGCACAUGGGGGACGAGGUGUGCCAGGUGAGCGCCCAGCAGCCAGUGCAGACGGAGCUGUUGAUGCGUCACCACCAGCUGCAGUCCCGUCUGGCGACGCUCAAGAUCGAGAACGAGGAGGUGAGGAAGACUCUGGACGCCACCAUGCAGACCCUGCAGGACAUGCUGACGGUGGAGGACUUCGACGUGUCCGAGGCCUUCCAGCACAGCCAGUCCACCGAGUCGGUGAAGUCGGCCUCCUCCGACUCGUCCAUGAGCAAGGCCAACGUGGCCAAGAGGCGCGCCAACCAGCAGGAGACGGAGGGCUUCUACUUCACGAAGUACAAAGAGUAUCUGAACGGCAGCAACCUCAUCGUGAAGCUGCAGGCCAAACACGACCUUCUGAAGCAGACCCUCGGAGAAGGGGAGAGGCCGGACUAUGGAACAACAAGGGGGAGAAGGAAUGUCCGAGCCAGGAGCCAGGAGACAGGGCAGGCCAUACCUGCAGUGGUGGAGAGCUGCGUGAGAUACAUCAACCUGUACGGUCUGCAGCAGCAGGGAAUUUUCCGUGUUCCAGGAUCCCACGUCGAAGUCAAUGACAUUAAAAAUUCAUUUGAGCGAGGAGAGGACCCCCUGGUGGACGAUCAGAGCGACCACGACAUCAACUCAGUGGCCGGGGUCCUGAAGCUGUACUUCAGGGGUCUCGAGAACCCCCUGUUCCCCAAAGAGCUGUUCCUCGAAUUCAUCUCCACAACCAAGCUGGAGUCGGGUGCGGAGCGGGCGCGCCACCUCCAGAAGCUGGUGGUGACCCUCUCGCGUCCCGCCAUCAUCGUGAUGAGAUACCUGUUUGCGUUCCUGAACCACCUGUCCCAAUACAGCGACGAGAACAUGAUGGACCCCUACAACAUCGCCACCUGCUUCGGGCCCACCCUGAUGCCCAUCCCCGACGACCAGGACCCCGUGGGCUGCCAGGCGCACGUCAACGAGGUCAUCAAGACCAUCCUCAUCCACCACGAGGCCAUCUUCCCCGGGCACCAGGAGCUGGAGGGGCCCGUCUACGAGAAGUGCAUGGCCGAGGUGGAGGAGUACUGCGAGAGCCCUCACAGUGAGCCCGGGGCGCUGGACGAGGUAGACAACGGCACCGGGCCCAACAGCAGUGAUGAAGAGCUGGAGCAGAGCGAGGCCAUCGCCAAGUUCGACUACGUGGGCCGCAGUCCCCGCGAGCUGUCCUUCAAGAAGGGCGCGUCCCUCCUGCUGUACCACCGGGCCUCCCAGGACUGGUGGGAGGGCCGGCACAACGGCGUGGACGGCCUGAUACCUCACCAGUACAUCGUGGUGCAGGACCUGGACGACGCCUUCUCAGACAGCGCCACGCACCGAUCCGACGGCGAGCCCGGCGGCGCUCAUCACCAUGACGACCUGAGACCUGCACCCAGGGGCGACCACACGCCCGAGCAUCGCUACGAAGCCGCGCAGGGAAGGGUGAGGGUGCGCUCAGACGGGGGCGCGGCCGCCACCCCUCGCCACCGGGGCGGGUCCGAGCACCACCACACCCCCCCGCGGGCCUUGGACCCCCACCCCCCCCGGGUGCUCCCGCGCCCCUGCAGCCCCCUGAAGAUGGGGGUCCCACGGGGCCUCACGGAGAGCCCCGAGAAGCGCCGGCUGGCCACCUUCGGGGGCGCCGGGGGCCCGGGCCACCCCGACCGCAAGGCGCUCUACGACAGCCACUCCCAGCGGUCCUCUCAGAGGUCCUCGCCGAGCGCCACGCGCCACGGCAGCCUGGGGGACCACAAGGCGCUGGAGGCGGAGGCACUGGCCGAGGACAUCGAGAAGACCAUGAACACGGCUCUCCAUGAGCUGCGGGAGCUGGAGCGCCAGAACGUGGCCAAGCACGCUCCGGACGUGGUGCUGGACACCCUGGAGCCCAUGAAGCACCCGCGGGGGCCCGAGGCCCCAAGCAGCCCCCUGCACACCAUGGUGAUCCGGGACCCCGACGCGGUCCAGCGCCGCAGCAGCAGCAGCAGCUCCUCCUCCGAGACCACCAUGAGCACCUUCAAACCUGCGCUGUCGGCACGGCGACCCAGCGCGCCCCUGAGGCCCCCCCCGGUGCGACCGGUGCGGCCGGCCCCCGUGCUGGUCCCGGGGCCCCACCGCUCCAGCAGCUCCAGCUCCUCCGGCCUGGGGAGUCCGGGCAUCUCCUCGUCGGAUCGGGUGUUCCCCAAGGCGCCGUCCCCGUCCCCCUCCACCUCUUCGUCCUCGUCGGACAAGCAGAGGGAGUGAGGCGUGUGUCUAGGGGCCAGGGUUCUAGGGGCGGUCCAGGGGCCCCCCCAUGUACGCUGCGGAGCCGAGGUUGUGAGGAGAACCACACCCUUCCCCUCUGUUCCCUCUCCCUGUGAUCACCAGCCAACACGAUGUGUAACACCUCGCUGGUGCCCGGGAACACACACACACACACACACACAUACACACACACACACACACACACACACACACACACACACUGGUACAAAUGGGUAAUCAUUUAGUGUUGUCGAUGGGGAUGGACUAUAGGAGGACGCCAAGUAAGUGGACUAUCAGUGACUUUUAAGCACAAAGGAUGAGAAUAUGAUCAUUUAGACAUUUUCAAGACUACCUUGGGCCAUGCUGGAUGGAAACAGGACUAUCUGGAAAAGUACUUUAUUAUUAUUACUGUGUUACGUUUAGCCGGCCAAAACAUCUCAUUUAAACAUAGUAGUCGUACCUCGCGGCGGCGUGCGCAGACACGCUAGGCCCGGGCAUCUCAGCACUAUCUUAAUCCACCUAUCUUACCAUCUUUAGAUAAUAUAUAUUACCUCAAGAAACAUUUAGCACUUGCUCUUAUCAUUAAAAAAAAAAAGACUAAUGCACAUAUAAACUAUAGGCAAUCGUGCAGCGUUGGUAAAUUCUGUGUUUUCUGCAUUUUGAUCAAGUUGUACUCUUAAAGAUUUAUAGCACAUCAGAGAUUCAGUGGAACCUGGCUAGGUAGAGCCCAGUCAGGAUGGGGGCCGUUCAUGUGGGGACUGUUUACUAUUGCUGUUGUGUCAUAUAGCCUAAGGAUAAUCCUCUUCUUUCAAGUGUAAUAGGCACGUUUAACUGGAAAGAAGCGUACUGUUAAAGGUUACUUAUAUUGUACAAAUAACACUGUGCCAUAGGAACAGGAUAUAUUAUGGUCUAUAGCGUGUGUAGCGCGUUUGGUACUCCUCGCACAAACAUUAACAAAACAAGAAUAAAUGCAAAGAAUCUGCA